CUUUCGCAUAUACAAAAUGAUACCCGAUAAGUGGCUGCUGGCGAUAGGAAGUCUUUUUAGUUUCCUUUGCUUGGCCAAUGCUCAAGCAAACAUCGUUUGUUACUACUCGUCGUGGGCUGUCUAUCGACCUGGAAGGGGUCAAUUCGAGGUAGAAUUUGCCGAUCCCUUCCAUUGUACGCAUUUUGUGUACGCCUUCGUUGGACUGGAUUGGGAUGGAACUGUUAAAAUUCUCGAUCCAUGGGGUGAUUUGGAUGACGACUGGGGGCUGGGUCAAAUUCGAAGGUUUAAUGAGCUGAAAAAUUUGAAUCCCAACCUCAAGACAUUGGUUGCGAUUGGAGGGGACAGUGAAGGAUCGGAGGUUUUUUCACAUGUUGCUGCGAACCCGCAGUUGAGGCAAGUAUUUGCGCAAGAUGCCCGGAGGUUUUGUUUGCAACAUGGAUUCGAUGGCUUUGAUGUGGAUUGGGAAUAUCCGGGACUUCGAGGGGGUGACCCUAUCAAUGAUAGGCAGAACUUCGUGUUGAUGUUGCGAGAUCUACGGGAAGCUUUACAACCGAGUGGUUUGAUUCUUACGGCGGCUGUAGCAGCUCCUCAAAAUAUAGCAGAAAUUGUUUACGAUAUUCCUGCCAUUUCCGUACAUCUUGAUUUGAUCCACUUGAUGACUUAUGAUUACAAUGGAGCUUGGAAUAGUGACACCGGUCACAAUGCCCCACUUCACUCUGGCCCUGCGGAUAGGACGGAUUUCGAACGAACGCUGAAUGUUCACCAUAGUGUUAGUUAUUGGCUGCAACAAGGAGCACCCGCAAAUAAACUGAUUAUGGGAAUUCCACUUUACGGCAGAAACUUUAAGCUUCAAAACAGUUCAAAUAAUGGCCUGAGAGCACCGGCAAUUGGACCAGGAAAUGUGGGUCCCUACACUGGUGAGCCCGGAUAUUUGGCAUAUUUGGAAUAUUGUCCUUACAUACAACAGAGUUGGUUGAGAUUUUGGAACGAUUACCAAAAAAUUGUAUACGGCGUAUCGGGAGACCAAUGGGUGGGAUAUGAGGAUUUGGACACACUGUCAUAUAAGUGUCAGUAUAUUAGAAGCAGACAGCUUGGAGGAGCAAUGGUAUGGUCCUACGAUCAGGAUGAUUUUCGUGGCACCUGUGGGGAGAUUUACCCGAUGAUGAAAGCUUUGAAUCGUUGUUUCAAUUAAGUUAAUAAAGCUUUUGUACAGACGCGGAACGCCAUUAUAUAUUCUCUUAAAUGUCCAUUACAAUGAUUACACAAGGCAAAAAAUUCACGUUUUUUCCAAGGUGCAAACAUAUUGACGAAUUUUGUUUUUGCUAAUUGUAAACAUUCAU